AUGGGAGAUCGAGACGAGAGCCGUUCAAGCUCAUUUCCGAUGGGGAAGACUGCACAAGAGACGGGCUUGCCCUACGUGCCCGAGUGUUAUGUGAUUCCAACUUCACACCGUGCCAGCUUAACUCCAGCAGUUGCCAAUGUACCCACCAUUGAUUUUGGUAAGCUCAAGCAGGGUUCUGAUGAAGAACGAGCCACUAUUAUCAACCAUGGAAUCCCUCAAUCGUUGCUCGACGGGGCGCUGGCUGUGGCUUCGGGGUUUUUCGAGUUGCCUAAUUCAGAGAAGGCAAAGUUCAUGUCUAAUGAUGUUCACAAACCAGUGAGGUAUGGAACAAGCUUCAAAGAUGGAGUUGAUAAGAUUCAAUUCUGGAGGGUCUUCCUCAAACAUUAUGCUCACCCCUUGGAAAAUUGGAUCGAUUCUUGGCCUAACAAUCCACCCAGCUACAGGGAAACCAUGGGCGAGUACUGCAGACAAGUAAUGAAACUGAGCUUGGAAGUAACAAGUGCCAUCACUGAGAGCCUAGGCAUAGGUCCAACUUACUUAACCAAGAAAAUGGAAAACGGGAUGCAAGUGAUUACAGUCAAUGGCUACCCACCGUGCCCCAGGCCAGAAAUGGCGCUAGGGUUGCCGCCUCAUUCGGACUACAGCUGCUUCACCAUUGUGCUUCAGAGCUUCGCCGGACUGGAAGUCAUGGACGUCGGGGACGGAAAAUGGAAACUAAUUCCGAACCUUGAGACUGCUCUUCAAGUUCAUGUGGGUGACCAUUUUGAGGUACUAAGCAAUGGUUUGUACAAGAGUGUUGUGCACAGGGCGACACUGAACGGUGAAAGGACCAGAAUCUCCAUUGCUAGCUUACACAGCUUGGGAAUUGAUGAGAAGAUGAAGACCGCUGAGGAGCUUGUGAGUGAAGAACAGCCUGCGAAGUAUAGAGAAAGUAGCUUCGGAGAUUUUCUGAACUUUCUCUCAGGUAAUGAUAUAGCUGAGGGAUCCAGCUUCCUCAACUCACUCAAACUAGCAUAA